AUGUCGGGGCGGGGCCUGUUUCUGAACGGCGAAUGGCUCUGCGAUUGCAUUCCACGCCAGCCUGCGGUGCAUCUUCAAACGAGCAAUGGUGGGCCGAAUGACGGACGAUGGUUCUACAAGUGCCCCAAAUCGCAGCGCAACCGAUGCCGAUUCUUCCUCUGGGAGGAUGAAGCCAGCCGACGUGUGGGACGGACUGCGACGGGGAACCCAAAGCCAGAGCCUCGAAACGCGCAGAACCAAAAUCCCCGGACACCAACCAUUUCGCGAGUGAGGGAAAUCGCUCCGACAGGUUUGCCGACGCCCGAGACGGGUCAGAGGAAGAGAACUCGAGAUGGCGAUGAUGUUGCCGCUCAGAGGGAAGAGAGUCCGAGUAAAUCACGGCGUGUCGAGUUGCGCAAAGCUAGUUCGUUUCUGACGAAUUGGGAGGUGAUGGUGAUGAUACCGAUGAUAAAUCCCUUUGGAUGGGGCGAUGAAAUGGAUGGGGAAGCGGUUGAGUUGAUAGCGAGCCGGGAAAAGACUGAGCACAUUGCGCGACCUUCUACACCGGAAGCACAGCUUGAUAACCGGCCAGAGCUUGGAGGGUCGAAGGAACAUACUGUCCCAAGGAACCAUUAUCCCCAGCCAUCACUGCCCAUGCCUCAACCGUCUGCGAUGCAGCCUCCGCCUAUAUCCCUUCCACCCAACCAGGCAAAUCCGCCUCCGACGCCGACACCAGUCCGUUUCACACCCACGCCACUUUUCAAUAGACAUAUAAGCCGCUCACCGCGUCACGAAUCACAGUGCCAACUCGUCAGCCAGACGCUCGCGCUUCUGGAGGCUCAUCGCGUUUUUAUCUCCGAAGGCACCAAACGCGAACUGAUAAAUCUUCUAGAAGUGUUUGAUUUGCGGACAGAGGGGAUCAUCAAGGGGAGAGAUAUUUCUCGAAUGGCGAUCAAGACGAGAGACGCGAAGAUCCAGGAGCUUCUGGGGAGAAUUGAAUGUUUGGAAGCGGAACGAGAAACAUGGCGAGCUGGAGCGGCGAAAGAGGGGGCUAACGCAGGCUCGAACUUGGAUGGAGCAUAG